AUGGAAAUUCAAGAGGAAAAACUUCCAAAUCCCCACACACCUCCAAAACCUUACGUUUAUAACUACGAUAUUAUUGAAGACAGAGUGAUUGAAGAAUAUGAAAUACCAGAUAAACUCGCAGAUUCAGAGCUUAAACAAGGUGAAUUAAAAAUUUCUCACUCCUCUGAUGAUUUAAUUAAACAAUCUCACCUUAAGCGAAAAAGUUGGGACAAGCCAACUGCAAAGCUCCCAAUCCAUUCUUGUAGGCAUGAAUCCGUAUCAGUCCAAUCAAAUAGAACAGACAAAUCCAAAAGCCUUGAACAAAGGCUUCAUGGAGCCACAGCAGCUAUUCGCCAUCUAGAAAAGCAAGUAAAAGAAAAAGACAUAAUAAUAAGCAGCUUACAAGGUGAAUUACAAGAAAAAAAUAAAAUGAUUGAUGCUUUACAAGCUGAAUAUACAAGCUCUCAGAUUCAUUUAAAAACAUCGAUGCUUCAAAGCUCGUUGACAUCUGUUAUGAAGAAGAAAGAAAAAGAGUUAGAAAAGAUUAUAAAAGAAAAAGAAUUAAAAAUUGAAGACGAUAAAAAAACUAUUGCAAGGCUAACUGAAAUCAAUAAAAAUCUUCUUAGCAAUAUCAAAGAAAAAGAUAAAAAACAAUACGAGCUAGAAAAUAUAGUAACCGAUGCAUCUGACAAAAUUAAUAAAAGCCGGAACUUAAAAGAAGAAAACGAGCAUUUAUCACUCAUGGUACGAAAGCUCCAAAAAAAUAUCAGCUUACUUGAAGACGAUUUGGAAGAAACAAAGCAAAGAUAUCAGAGCCUAUUAGCAAGUUCUAUGGAAUUUGAAGAGCAAACUAGAGAACUUUAUAAGGCAAACCAAAUUUUAAACGAAAAUAUUUUGAAGCUUUUGGAAAACUAG